AGCAGUCGCCUCCCUCGCUGCCUGGCGACUAGCUGUUCCGGGGCUUCCUCGCUUUGUAGAGCAAUCACUUCCUCCUCUUCCUUCUCCGUGGGCUGAGCGUUUUGGUGCCUGCUGGGGUUUUGGUGCCUGACGCUGCUUUGCCGCUCUGGCCGUUGUGGCGCCGCUUUCAAAUCCGAAGCCCUCGUCAGCAACUGGAGGGGCGCAAAAACAAACGUCUCCUCUCCUUGCCCUGCCGCGGAGCAACACUGGAAGAUGUCAGCUCUGCCUAGGAGAGCUAGAACAACAGCAAAGCCAACGACAUCAGAAGAUGAAUUACCUUCCUUCCUUAAAUCAUCAUCGGAAGAGGAGGAGAUGUAUGAAGAGGAGUGGGAGCCCAAAAAGAAAGCUACAAAAAGGGCCAGGGUCCCAAAAACAAAAGAGCCCAGAGCAAAAAAGGCAGCUGUAACCCAGAAGAAGACUGCUGUGCCUCGCAAAAGGACCAAGAAAGUAGUGGUGAAAGAGGAGCCAGACACAUCUUUACCUGUUCCUGUUCCUGGAGGGAAGGAAGGAGGGGCACAAUUUAAAGAAGAGACAAAUCUGAGAAGUCCAGAUAAAAAGCCUACCAUACUUCCAUUGAAGAAUCUUGGUUUAGAGCAUCCUGAAUGUGGCCUGGAUAAUGCUGAAGAACCCUCCACAAGUGCUGUAUCUAAAGAGAAACUGAAGAUGGAAGAGUCUGAAGAAGACUUUACAUUUGAUGAACCUCCUUUAAAAAAGUUAAAAUCAUCGAUGCAUUCUCAGGGAAAUCGUGUAAAACAUGCUGCAUGCUCUGCAGUGAAUGAAGACCAGAAAAUGAAUUGGAAUAUAGUGCAGGUCUUGUCACAAAGGACUGGUAUAGAAGAAUGGGUGUGCGCAAACAUAAUCCGUCUCUUCAAAGAUGAUAAUACUAUUCCUUUUAUUGCCCGGUACCGAAAAGAGCUCAUCAACAAUCUGGAAGCCGAUGCGUUGCGAGAGGUGCAACAAACGUUGGAGGAACUACAAACUGUUGUCAAAAAGGUCCAUGGCACAAUACAGAAACUUAAGAAAGAAGGAAAGCUGUCAGAAGAUCUCUUAACUGCUUUGUUAAACUGCAAAACCUUGGAGGAGCUGGAUCAUGUGUAUGGUCCAUAUAAAACUGGAAGUAAAGGCACCAAGGCUCAGAGGGCCAGACAGCUGGGAUUAGAACAUGCAGCCAACUUGCUCCUUGCAAAUCCUAGAGAACUCAACCUGUUUUCUUAUGUCAAGUCCAAUGUGGAAGGGCUCUCUACUAUUGAGGAAGUAAAAUCUGGAGUUCAACACAUCUUGGCUGACAUGGUUGCUAAAGAUAAAGAUACACUGGAUUUCAUCAGAGCCUUAUGCCAAAAAAGAUAUGUUUGCAUUCAGUCAUCUUUGUCAAAAGUGACCUCCAAAAAAGCCAACGAAAAAGACAUCAACAAAUUUCAUCUAUACCAGAAUUUUUCUUGCAAUAUAAAGAACGUUCAGCAUCACCAGAUUCUAGCCAUUAACAGAGGGGAAAAUCUGAAAAUCCUGACUGUGAAGAUCAACAUCCCUGAUGGGGUGAGGAAUGAAUUCUGUAGAUGGUGUGUAAAUGAAAGAUGGAGACCAAAGGCCUAUGCAAACCCUGAAUUAAUGGAAUUGCUGCGUUACUCAGUAGAAGACUCAUACAAACGCCUUAUUUAUCCACUGCUCUGCAGAGAAUUCAGAUCAAAAUUAACUUCAGAUGCAGAGAAGGAAUCUGUAAUGAUGUUUGGAAGGAACCUCCGCCAGUUGCUUCUUAUGAGUCCUGUGAGAGGGCGAACCUUGAUGGGAGUUGAUCCUGGCUACUCUCAUGGUUGCAAAUUAGCAAUAAUUUCACCAAUGAGUCACAUACUCCAUACAGAUAUUGUUUAUUUGCAUCCUGGUAAAGGAUUCCGUGAAGCUGAGAAGAUAAGAAGACUUAUGUUGGAGUACAACUGUGACACUGUUGUGAUUGGCAAUGGAACAGCUUGCAGGGAGACGGAAGCUUACUUUGCUGAUUUAAUUGUGAAGAAAUACUUUGCACCCAUAGAUGUCACUUACUGCAUUACUAAUGAGGCAGGAGCCUCUAUAUACAGUGUGAGUCCUGAAGCUUGUAAAGAGAUGCCAGAUUUAGACCCUAACCUACGAAGCGCAGUUUCCAUAGCUAGACGUGUACAAGACCCAUUAGCUGAGCUAGUGAAAAUUGAGCCCAAGCACAUUGGAGUUGGAAUGUACCAGCAUGACGUGUCACAGACUUUGCUCAAAGCCACCCUAGACAGUGUGGUGGAGGAGUGUGUCAGCUUUGUAGGAGUUGAUAUCAAUAUCUGUUCUGAAAUUUUAUUAAGACACAUUGCAGGACUGAAUGCCACAAGAGCUAAAAAUAUAAUUGAAUGGCGAGAGAAGAAUGGACCAUUUGUUAAUCGGGAGCAGCUCAAGGAUGUCAAAGGACUGGGGCCAAAAACCUUUCAGCAGUGUGCUGGCUUCAUCAGGAUUAACCAGGAAUACAUUAGAACUUUUUGCAGUCAACAGGGAGAGCUUGUGGCUGGAGGUCAUAAAGCAGUCACAAGUAAAAAACCAGGAAAGAAGAAAAGUAAAGUGGAAGCCAACAUUGUUCAACAGCCAAAUCCUUUGGAUCAAACAUGCAUCCACCCAGAAUCGUAUCAUAUUGCACAGAGGUUUUUAGAUCUCAUUGGAGGAAAUGCCAACGAGAUAGGGAAGUCAGAAAUGCAGCAAAAAGUGAAUGUGAUCAUUGAAAGAGAAGGAAUAGAAGGACUAGCGAAGAGUUUUAAUACAGCAGGACACACUCUGCAAAUAAUCAUUGAUGGACUGACUCAACCUGAAGGGUAUGACAUCCGGAAAGACUUUGAAAAACCUGAUUUCAAGAGGAGCAUCGUCUGUCUCGAGGACUUGAGCAUUGGAACUGUUUUGACAGGAAGAGUUGAGAAUGCUACUCUCUUUGGAGUUUUCGUUGAUAUUGGAGUUGGAAGGGCAGGACUGAUUCCAAUUCGAAGCAUAACAGAAGACAAGCUGUCAAAAGUAAAGAAGAGAAGGAGCCUCAGUUUGGGCCCAGGUGAAAAAGUGGAAGUCACAGUGCGUGAAAUUGACAUCCCACGAUCCAGAAUAACGUUGGACCUUAUACGUGUUUUAUGAACACUUUACAUUUUCUCCAUGAGCAGAAUGCUGGUAAAUCCAGAUCUAGCAGCCCCUGCAACUGAAGAAGUGUGCUGUCCACCAACAAGCUCACAAUCAAAAUUAUGUGGAUGCUCCAAUUGUGUGAAGGGAAAUUCACAUUGUCACUGUGAUCUGUGCAGUUGUCCUAGCCCUAGUUCAAGCUGCUAUGACUGCAUGAAUCAAAGUGACUGUGUACAUAAAGGCACCAAUUUCAUAAAUCAGUGUGGCUUAGAAGCAAACCCACUAUUAACCCAUGAGGACCACCAAGAGUCUAAACCUGAUUUUAGUCUCUGAUAUCACUAAAAUAUACACUUCAUGCUUUUAUUUUCAACAGGUAAUUCUGAAUGAACACGUGAUGAAUCUCUGUGGAUCUCUGUUCUGUGUAUACUCAGAAUAACAGUGUAAAAAUGUUUCCUUGCUAACUUCUUUUUUUUAUCACAGUUGACAAUGACAUUUGUUUAAAGAUUUGUAAUGUGUUAGUCUGAGAAAAAGAUUUAGUGACAUACCAUUCUGUGUAUGGAUUUUUUCCCUAUGUCGAGCUACAUAACAGAAUGCAGUUUUCCCUGUUUUAUAUCAAUUAAUGAGACAAAUGUUUUCAUUAAGGAGCAAAAUGUUGGUCAUUGGUUUGUUUUAAAAACAUUUUAUUUUAAAAAAAAGACAAACUUUA